AUGAAGAUCCCAUGGUGGGCUGUCUCCUUUGCAUUUGUUGCCCUUGUUGCUGCCUCCUCGUCUCAGGAUCCUCACCUUAGUUCUGCUCGUGUCGUUUUUCAGACAAACUAUGGAGACAUUGAGUUUGGAUUCUAUCCUUCUGUGGCUCCCCAAACCGUAGAUCAUAUUUACAAGCUUGUUCGACUUGGAUGCUAUGACACCAAUCACUUCUUUCGGGUUGAUAAAGGGUUUGUUGCUCAAGUAGCAGAUGUGGUUGGUGGACGAUCUGCUCCAAUGAAUGAAGAGCAAAGAAAGGAAGCGGAGAAGAAUGUUGUUGGUGAAUUCAGUGAUAUCAAACAUGUUAGGGGAAUUCUUUCUAUGGGCAGAUACGAUGAUCCAAACAGUGCACAAUCCUCGUUCUCAAUACUUCUUGGAAAUGCCCCUCAUCUAGAUGGUCAAUAUGCAGUAUUUGGUAAAGUUACCAAAGGCGAUGACACAUUGACUAAGCUUGAGCAACUCCCUACUCAUAAGGAGGGGAUUUUUUUGAUGGUAAAGUAUUGA